GACUGACUAAAAAUCAGCUGAAAAUCAAAAUGUCGGACGGUGAUUCAUCAUGGAAGUUGCAUAUUCUGAGAAAACUAAGAGAAAGGAACAGCAAAGAGACUAGCUGCUUCAAAGAGCUCAUACUAUCACACGGGCGGCUGUUUGAUCAAGUGGAGAACCUAAAGAAGGACAUCACUAGACUGGAAUACCAGAACAAUGAACUGGAGAGGGAUCUAAGAGAAGGAGGGGGCAGUACAGGAGGAGGAGCUAAUAAAUUGAACAAACGAGUUGAGGAUCUUCAGGAGAGACUCUUAACGAGGACUGAUGAGGUCUCUGAGGCUCGUCGGGCAACAGCUGAUGCAAUGGUUAAAGUUACUGAACUGUCAAGUCAGGUACGAUCCAAAGAUGAUGAAAUAUCAAAGAAGGAGACACAGAUUAAUAAUUUGACGAACGUUCAAAGGAAAUUGGAAGAGAAGAUAAACACUUUAGAGGAAUCAAUGAAGAAUAAUAGCUCCACCCACAGCAGACUGAUGGAUGAACACAGUGAGUUGCAGCUGGAGUUUAACAGUCAAGACAGGAAACUGAAAGAUCUCCAGCUAGAAAAUGAUAGACUGCGAGCAGAAGUGAUGAAAAUGAAAGCUGAAGAAGCUGAUCGAAUGAAUAAAAUAACAGAAUCUGAAAAAGCUGCCAGAGAGAAAGAUAUUAAAAAACAGAUAGAAGAAGCUACUAAACCAAAGCAGUCAAUUGUUGAAACAAAGUCAGCAAAGAAGGCGUCCUCACCUGAUUUCAUUGACCCAGCUGCUGUCUAUCCCUCCAUCAUACCAGAGAAAGUGUUCUUCUCUACAGAAGCUCAUGAAGGAGAGAUUAGUGCUCUCUCUUUUAGUUUGGACGGACACUUCCUAGCGACAGGAGGAGCUGAUAAGGUCAUUAAAGUUUGGAGAGUCCUACAAACAGAAGAGAAGGUUGAGCUGGUUGCUCCAUUACAUGGAUCUGGUGCUAGCAUCAUGUCAGUUCAGUUUGAUCACAUUAAUAAAUAUGUUUUAGCUGCUUCUAAUGAUUUCGCAACUCGUCUCUGGACACUUGGAGACCAAAGGCCGAGACACACCUUAACUGGGCACACUGCUAAAGUAUUUUCUGCUAAGUUUAUGGAUGACAGUCAGCGAGUGAUCACUGGGAGUCAGGAUAAGACUUUAAAGAUUUGGGAUCUGAAGCAGAGACGAUGUGUGAAGACACUCUUUGCUGGUUCAAGUUGCUGUGAUCUUGUCCAUGCUCACGUACUGGGUAAUAUGAUUAUCAGUGGCCAUUGGGAUAAGAAGAUUCGGUUUUGGGACUUGCGUGUGAGCAGUGUCAACCCGAGCCAUGAGCUGGCAAUACAGGGAAGAGUAACAUCUCUUAGUCUUUUUCCAGAGCGUUUUAUGUUGCUUUGUUCCACUCGUGAUGAUACCUCCUUAAGAUUGAUUGAUUUGCGUCAAAAUGCAAUCACUUCGACCUUUAGUGGGUUUAAUCUCAGCACUGAUUGGUCAAGAGCUAGCUUCAGUCCUGAUGGCCAGUAUGUUGCUGUUGGUGGUUCUGAUGGUAUCAUUCACAUUUGGGAAGCAAUGACUGGACGAGCUCAUAAAGUUAAGAAAGACGUCUCAGUUCACAAUCGUGAUAUUGUUGCUUGUUGCUGGCAUCCUAAAGGUCAAGUCUUUGCAUCAGUCGACCGGAGUAAGAAGCUGGCAGUUUGGAAGCGCUAAAGUUAUAAGAAUAAUAAUGAAAACAGUUUAAAGACUUUUACUAUUAUUUUUAUUGUGCUUUUUGCCGUAAAUAUUCUUAUUGUUAGUAUACUAUUAGAGCUAAUGCAAA